GGCCUGGGUCGUUUUUUUGUCAGUUUACACCCGGACAAUAACUGAGAAGGGAAACUGGUCGCCAUGAAAUUCGCAGUAGCAAUAUUGGGCCUAGCCCUGUGUGGUUUGGCAUCAGCCCAAUUCCAGAAUGGACGCAUUUUAGAACCACCAGUACCUGCACUCUGCGCCCAAAGGACGAUACACGAACGUAGCCCAGACGGCAAAGGAUACUUCUUCUCAUGGCGUGACCCACAAUUGGCUGGUGUUGAAGAAGAUUGGUUGGGCGUCCGCAACUUCUGCCGCCAACGUUGCAUGGACAGUGUCAGUUUGGAAACCAGUGCCGAAAAUGAAUGGAUCAAACAAAGAAUUGUCAAUGGAAAUGUGAAAUACAUCUGGACCAGCGGUCGUCUAUGUGACUUCAAGGGCUGUGACAGACCAGAUUUACAACCUGUUUCCGUAAAUGGAUGGUUCUGGACCGCCGAAUUGCAAAAACUUGCCCCAACCACAGACAGACAACAAAACGACUGGUCUGAAGGAGGUGGUAUUGGCCUUCCCCAACCAGAUAACAGAGAAUUAAAACAAGGUGGAGCAACCGAAAACUGUUUGGCAGUUUUGAACAACUUCUACAAUGAUGGAGUACAUUGGCACGAUGUCGCCUGCCACCACCGCAAGCCCUUCGUCUGCGAAGAAAACGAUGCCCUCCUGAAAUACGUCCGUUACACCAACCCCAAUCUGAGGGUCUAACCAAGGCAAAUUGGUCGCCUCCAAUUAGAUUUACAAAUCGGACCAAAUUUUAAUUUAGAUAAUAUAUUUUUUAUUAACGAUGACAAGUUACAUCCUAACUGUCGUCGAAUCCAAUUCCGAACUGAUUUAAGUUAUAUAGAUUAGUAAUAUAUUUUAAUGUAUAUUAUUUUAUUAUAUUUUAUAUGAUUGUUGAGAGAUGUUAUGUACACUGC